AUGGACACCCCUACUACCCUCCAAACAACAAACGCUUUGUCUAUCAUCAACCACCCGGCAACACGGUUAGAGGGCCCAAACUUGCUUCACCUCCUGGUGCAAGCAAGCUCCAUAGACGGACUGGAUGCGAUCGACUUCCUCGGAGCAGACGGUCGUCGGACCUCUCUCUCAUAUGCUGAGCUACACCAUGCGUCGGAACUUCUUGCACUGAGGAUCUCGGCUCUCGCCAGGGCAUCGGCCUGUCCCGGACCGUUCGUCGUUCCGGUUCUCCUCCCGCAAAGCCCCGAGCUGUAUAUCGCUCUGCUAGCCAUCCUCAAAGCCGGGGGGGCCUUCUGCCCCAUGAACUUGGACGUGCCCCUGAACCGCGCAAAGUUCAUCCUCGAGGACGUCUCUGCCAAGAUUGUCGUUACCACUUCUGAACUCGUGCCGAGGCUCCCGCAAGGCGAGCACUCCGUGUUGACAGUGGACCGAGAUGACUUGGACAAGUCGCCCUCGACGGUAAACCACAGGGAGGCCUCCCCUUCCGACCUGGCGUACGUCAUGUACACAUCAGGCUCAACCGGAACGCCCAAAGGGGUCGGCGUCUCGCACGAUGCCGUAACCCAAAGCCUGCUCGCGCACGACCGCCACAUCCCACACUUUUCACGCUUCCUCCAGUUCGCCGCUCCGACAUUCGAUGUCUCCGUGUUUGAGAUCUUCUUCCCGCUCUUCAGGGGAAAGACGCUCGUCAGCUGCAGCCGCUCGGCAAUGCUCAACGACUUGCCCGGCAUUCUCCGGAGCAUGGACGUGGACGCUUGCGAGCUGACGCCGACCGUUGCGGGCAGCCUGCUGCGCAAGCGGGAAAACGCCCCUUGCCUGCGGCUGCUGCUGACCAUCGGGGAGAUGCUCACACUGCCCGUGGUCCACGAGUUUGGGAGCAAGGAAGGGCACCCGAGCAUGCUCUGGGGUAUGUACGGGCCAACUGAGGCUGCAAUACACUGCACGCUACAGCCCGCAUUCUCCGGCAGCUCUGCGGUCCACAACAUCGGCAUCCCGCUGGACACAGUUUCGGCGUUUGUCUUGAAGAUACCUGAAGAGGGCGAGGACGCCCGGGGUAUCGAAAUCGUACCCCGAGGGGAAAUAGGAGAGUUGGCUCUCGGGGGAUUCCAGCUCGCCGACGGCUAUCUCAACCGGCCGGAGCAGACGUCGUCGGCCUUCAUCGACACCCCAUAUGGGCGUCUCUACCGGACCGGAGACAAAGCUAGGAUGCGCACAGACGGCACUCUGGAGUGCUUGGGGCGUAUAAAAGAUGGGCAAGUCAAACUCAGGGGCCAGCGGAUGGAGCUCGGCGAGGUCGAGCACGCCGCCCUCCGGACCCCGGGCUGUCACAGCGCGGUGGCUGCCGUCACGGGCGCGACGCUAGUCCUCUUUUGCGGUGUCGAUGGAGAUGGAGGUGGCGACUCGACGAGGGCGAUUCUGGAGUCGUGCAGGCAAUGGCUUCCGGGCUAUAUGGUCCCCGGCGAUAUUGUGCUGGUGCAGAGCUUUCCUCGUCUCCCAUCAGGAAAGGUGGAUAGAGCGCGGUUAGUCGCCGAUUACGCAGCUCAGACGACGGGGACAACACAACCGAUAGCCUACGAGGACGAGCUGGAGAGGCUGCUGUGCGAGCUCGUCGGCUCGUGUCUAGGAUGCAAAGCCACCCCGCACCAGGAUCUGUUCAAGGCGGGCUUGGACUCGCUCAGCGCCAUCAGCCUUGCCUCGGUCCUACGAGAUGCCGGGUUCGAGGUUGGAGCUCUCGAUCUCUUGGAACAUCGGACCAUCUCGUCGAUCCGCAAAAGGGUACGGUCGAGGACCGAGGCGGCUGACCUGAUUCCUGCGAACCUAGAACUGGACAUCUCGGCCAACAUGCCCUGCCACUCUGCCCUUUCGGUGCACGGAGAGCCCAUCGAGGCCAUCGUCCCGUGCACGCCGCUCCAAGCUUCGAUGCUGGCUGAAACCAUGAACGAUUCACGGGCUUAUUGCAACUGGGUCGAACUUGAAUUUACCGGCAACCUCUCGAUAGACACGCUCCGCUCUUGGUUUUCCCAACUCGCCCUUGACAACGAGAUCCUACGGACAGGAUUUAUACACCAUCAAGGGCAAUUUCUCCAGGUCAUAUUCGAGCAGCUCCCCCAAUCGAGCGUUUCCGCCGUCGUCGAUUCUACCGCUAGAGAGUUCCAGCUCCGUGACGAGGCCGAGUUUCUCGCUCCCCUUCGUGUUCAGGUUCCCCUCUCACAAAGCGGAGAGGACACAACGGUUGUCCUACAACUCCACCACGCGAUUUACGACGGCUGGUCCUUCGAUCUGAUACUCUCGGAUCUGGAAAUACUCGCACAGGGUCAGCAGCUUGCCCCUCGGCCUCAGUUUCGGCACCUCUCGGCCUACUACCAUUCAGCGGCCUUCGGUCGUGAGUGUGAUGCCGCGCGGGAAUUCUGGGCCGGGAACCUCCUUGGCUUUCAACCGCCACCGUUUCCUAUCCUCGGUCCGGAAACGAACAGGACACCUGACGUCAAGUCGUCAACGGUUCUGUUGGAUGUCGGCCCGAGAGACCUCAGAGAAAUGCUCCAAAACAUUGACUGUGGACCGCAAGCGGUUUUCCAGGCAGCACUCGCAUGGCUUUGGGGAUCGAUUAUUGGUGCCGACGACGUAGUGAUCGGCUCAAUCCACUCGGGAAGGACUGUUCCUGUUCCCAAGAUAGAGAGCGUUGUCGGCCCCUGCAUCACGGCCGUCCCUCUACGAACAGAUCUAUCUCAGGUGCGGACCAUCAGAGAUCUGCUGGUCAGCGUCCACGCAGGCAAUCGGGCAACGCUCCCGCAUGGUGUGUUGCCCCUCGCAGAAAUUAAGCGGGCCGCAGGGGUCCGUCCCGGACAGUCGAUCUACGAUGUUCUUUUCGUCUAUCAGGAGUCAUUACCCAGCAGACGGAGGGCGGUGAAUGUUGUCAAGCAAGUUGCCCAUCGCGACUACCUGGAGACGAAACUCCUAGUCGAGGUCGAGCCCACAGACAAGGACUUUGAGUGCCGGAUUACUUAUCAUUCGGACGCUUUCCCAGAGCCUUUAGUUGGCAUCUUGCAGGGAGUGAUCCCGGCUCUGGUUUCCCACAUGCUCCAGAACUUGGAAGCAGAGGUCUCCUCGCUCCGGGCAUCAUCGCCGCAGCAUGUUCUCUCCGUCUAUAACCCAUACCCAACGACGUUUUCUGGGGUUCCGGAUCUGGCCACGGCGGUCGAGCGGACGGCUGCGGACUUCCCUGACAAGGAUGCGGUGUGCUUUGCGGACCAUAUCUCGGCGGGUGUUCUUACGACAACAACGAUCUCGUUCGCCGAGCUCAAUGAGACUGCCAACCGGAUCGCUUGGCGCCUUGAACAACAUCGGGUCCGGGAGGGGCAAGUAGUCGCCAUCGUCAUGGAAAAGUCCAUCCGUCUCUAUGCCGGCAUCCUUGCCAUUCUCAAGGCCGGCUGCGCGUACUUACCUCUUUUGCCCAACACUCCUGUUGCUCGAAUCGAGACCAUAUUCCAACAAGCCGACGUCGAAACUUGCCUAGUAGACACUGCUACUCACGACCUGCUGAAGCAGCGUUUGCCGUGCACCUUGAUCGACCUCCAGUCUCUCGACCUUCGAGAUCAGACUGCUCCUACUCUGAGCGCCAGGCCGCCGGCUGACCCAAACCGGCCGGCCUACGUCAUAUACACUUCCGGCAGCACCGGGGUGCCCAAGGGUGUCUGCAUCACCCAGCUCAACAUCAUGAGCAACCUCGACGCGCUGUCGCGUAUCUACCCGGUUAAGGAGGACUCUAGGCUCCUGCAGUCUUGCUCGCAGGCGUUCGACGUCUCCGUCUUUGAGAUAUUCUUUGCCUGGACGAGGGGAAUGUGCCUCUGCUCCGGCACCAAUGACACCCUCUUCGAGGAUCUGGAGCGGUCGAUCCGCAAGCUCAAGGUUACCCACCUCAGCAUGACUCCCACCGUCGCGUCAUUGGUAGACCCGGCCAAGGUCCCCCUCGUCGAGUUUCUCGUAACCGCGGGCGAGCCAAUGACCGAGGCCGUGGCUCGGAGUUGGGGAGACAAGCUCUACCAGGGGUACGGUCCGUCUGAGACCACAAACAUCUGCAGCGUCAAGAGGAUGGGCCGCGGUCAGGCCAUACGACAUCUCGGGUGGUCGUUCGAGAAUACCUCGACCAUUGUCCUGGCUCGUGACGGCUCAGAGGUCGUUCCGUACGGCUGCUUGGGGGAGCUGUGCUUCGGUGGCGACCAGGUGGCUGCUGGCUAUCUCGGAAUGCCCGAGCUCACGGCAGAGAAAUUCAUAAGCCAUCCCGCUUACGGCCGGAUCUACAGAUCGGGUGAUCUCGGACGGAUGCUUCCGGACGGCUCCAUGGUCAUCGUCGGCCGAGCAGAUGAGCUGAUCAAAAUCAGGGGCCAGCGCGUCGAACUCCAGGAGAUCACCGAGGCGAUACGGCAGGCGGGGGCUGCCGAUUGCGCCACCUUGCUCCUGGGGGCAGAAGAGACAGGGAACCGAGCUCAGAUCGUCUCCUUCCUCGUCCCAGCCGCGAUCGAGGGAAGCAAGUUUAACGUGUUGGACUUGGAUGACACGAUCAGGCAGGAUAUCCAGUCCUUACAUCACGUUCUGGAGUCCCGGCUGCCGGCAUACAUGCUCCCUUCGGCCAUCAUCCCAAUCUCGGUGCUGCCCGUCACCGCGUCGGGCAAGCUUGACAGGAAGCGGUUGGAGCAGGCAUACCGGGAUUUCGGAAAGGAGCGCCUUGCCCUCGUCACCCACGGACCCAGCCAAGUCGAGACGGAUGGGGAAUGGUCCAGCAUUGAAACGCAGAUCGCCGACGUUGUCUCCAGUGCUCUAAACGUCGACAGGGCCGAUGUCCAAAGGUGGGCCCCGUUGGCCGUGCUCGGGCUAGACUCCAUAUCGGCGAUUGAAGUGUCUAGGCAGUUGAACAAGACAUUAGGCAAACGAGUUCCGAUAUCGACCAUCCUGCGAAACUCGAGCGUGGCAAGGCUUGCAAAGGCGUUGUCAGAUACGGACGUUGGGAAUCUGCAGCAGGGGGAGGCCCCCGGGCCUCUGCCAAAAGACGUCGCUGACAAUGUUGCCACACGACUGGUGCGUCUUGGAAGGUCAUUCAGCAGAUUGCUUCCUUGCACACCCCUCCAGCAAGCCAUGCUAGCGACGUCAUCUGGCAACGGCCAAUAUCUCAACCGCAUGCUGUUCAGAGUCAAUGGGGACCUGGAGAAGUUGAAGGAUGCCUGGAACAGCAUGAUUGCCCGUCACGAUAUCCUCCGGACGUGCUUCGUGGAAACGGAUGAUGCCAAGUGGCCGAUGCUGCAGGCAGUGCUCGGUUCAUGGCAACCGUCGUGGAUCCAUUUGGACGCGUCCGGUUCCAGUCUCGAGGACUGUAUGUCCGAACACGCUCUAGGGGUCCCAAACGCGAUCGAUUCGCUGGAGCCCGCGGUAUCCUUUGCAACCAUCGUACAGGCCGACAGGGUUUACCUGUCGUUGGUGUGCCAUCAUGCAUUGUAUGACGGCGUGGCCGUCGAGAGGUUGUUGUAUGAGGUUGAGCAGCACUUCCUCGGCUCUACGCUUCCGCAGACUCCCUCUUACGACCAAUUCCUUCGCGAAUCCCUCCGACUGCCGGCAUCUACAGACAGCUUCUGGCUCGAACACCUGAGGGACUACGAACCAAAGCUGACGGCGCAUCUGGUCGCGGAGCCUGAGCCUGCUCGCACGCCAACCAGUUUGUCGAGCUCGGAACUCGACAUGCCCCUGAACGAGGUCAAGACGCGGAUCAAAGGACUCGGGGUUUCGCUUCUGGCGCUGGUGCAGGCAGCGUGGGCAACCGCGCUCGGAUGCAUGUUGAAGGCCGACGACGUGUGUUUUGGCAACGUUGUGAACGGCAGAUCUCUGCCCAUCGACGGCAUUAAUGAGCUGGUGGCCCCGUGCUUCAACACAAUACCCAUCCGCAUGGAUCUCUCCAGCAGACAGAGGAACCUCGAAUUAGUCGGGGCGUUUCAGGCCCUCAACACUGAAAUGAUGGAGUACCAAUUCACCCCUCUCAGGCGAAUUCAAUCCCUAGAUCCCAAGAACAGCGGUACCCGGCGUUUGUUCGACACCCUGUUGCUUCUUCAGCAGUCCCCUCGGCCACUGAACCAGUCCAUCUGGACACUUGAGCGAGACGAAGGAGAGAUGGAUGUACCCCUUGUUUGUGAAGUGAUACCCGAUGAGCAGCUCGACCGUCUCAUUGUCCGGAUGCAUAGCGAUCCAAGUCAAUCCGUCCCGGGCGAAGUCGCGGAACUGGCCUGCCACUUGUUUCUGUACGCGAUACGAGACUGCCUCCAGUUUCCGAGCUCCUAUGUCAAUCGCGAUAAUCUUCCCCCCAGUCUCGCCGAAAGGUUGCGCCAGAUCGAGUACCGUCCUACGCAGUCGGCCUCUGCUGCAGCACAGGAGAGAUCCAUGUCUGAACAUUGGACAACGACGGAAGCCACCGUUCGGUCCGUGUUGGCAAGCUUGACCUCGCAUGCUUCAGAGAACAUCAAACAUGACACGACAAUAUAUCAGCUUGGACUUGACAGCAUCAGCGCAGUACAGAUUGCUUCUCAGCUGCGGAAACGCGGCUAUAGCAAGGUAGCGGCGAGAGAUGUCCUCGAGCACCCAACCUGCGCCGGUCUCGCGAGAUACCUCGACACUAGCAGCUCAGACAUGAGGCCCCUGGCCACAUACGACAUUUCCAGGUUCCAGGAGCAUGUCAAGCAGCAAGUGCUGGCCCACGGAAUUGCGGCGCACACAAUCGAAGCCGUGCUCCCUUGCACCCCUCUCCAGUCCGCCAUGGUAGCACAGUUCAUCAAAUCGGAAGGUCGAGACUACUUUAAUUUUGUUCACUUUCGGCUGGACGAUGAUAGGGUGAAUGGAGCAACACUCGCUGGGGCAUGGCAUACCGUCAUUAGAGCUCAUCCAAUUCUCCGAACGGCGAUUGUGUCAGUCGAGCAUGAGGACUCGAUGUUUGCCAUGGUCCAAUAUCGUGCAGACAUGUCGGAGCACAUGGCGGCUGACAUCGUUCGGAGCUCAUCCGACAAGCUCGACUUCAACGGCUGGCGCCUUGAUGCUUCCCGGGCUGCUCUUCAACAUCCUCACACACGGCUGUGGAGCGUUAAUAUCGUUGUCGACGGCGGCGCGGGAGUUGAAAUGCAUCUCGCCAUCCACCACGCGCUAUACGACGCCCAGUCGCUUCAGGCGAUUCUCGACGACUUGUCGAGGGCAGCAUUGAAUGGCGUGGGCCCGGUCGAAGGCCCCUCCAUUGAAGAGGCCGUCACCGAUAUCCUUGGUCAAGUCUCGGCCAACAGAGACCACUCGGCCGAUUUCUGGAAGCGGCAGGCCAAGGAGGUCGUCAUCAACAGGUUCCCGAUACUGACACCCCUACAAGAGACAGAGCGCCGCAUGCUGACCGAGUCCGUAAUGAGCACCACUCGGCUGACGGACCUAGAAGAGGCUGCUUCGAGAUCUGGCCAUACUCUGCAAGUCGUCCUACAGGCGGCCUGGACACGGGUCCUGUCUGCUUACCUUGGCGAGGAUUCGGUCGUCUUUGGCGUGGUGCUCUCCGGUCGCAACACGGACGCAACCAGGGACGCCGUGUUCCCGUGCGUCUCCACGCUGCCAGUCAUCGCCACGAACACGAGCUCGAACGAGGCGCUGCUGGCCCAGAUGCUGCGGUACGGCACCGAGCUCUACAGGCAGCAGCACCAACCCCUCACACGCAUCCAGCAGUGGCUCGGACGCCCAGACUCCAAACUGUUCGACACGCUGCUGGUCUACCAGAAGUCGGCCCGAGACGCGAGCGCAGAACACCCUUGGCGGGUGGUCAACGAGAGCGCCAACGUCGAGUACCCCGUGUCGGUCGAGGUCGAAUCCGGGCACGGCGGUCAUCUGGGCUACCGAGCUACCUUCCCGAGCCACGUUCUCGCGAGCGAGCAGGCCCUCCUGCUCCUGAGACAGCUCGACGCCGCAGUCCAGCAUCUCGCUUUCCAGCCCCUCGCGCAGGAAACGGAUCUGUUCAGAACCCACCCCGAUCUUUUCUCCAUCCUGCCCCCGGAGAUGCCCGAGAUACCAACAGAGGUUCGGUUCCUCCACCAGUUCGUCGAGCGGCAGGCUCUUCAAGCCCCCGACACAACAGCCCUCCACUUCGUGGAGAGAUUCGACGGAGACGCGCCGGUCGGGCGUCGGUGGACCUACAAGGAGCUCAACGACAACGGCGACCGCGUGGCUCACAUGGUGCUUCCCCAUGCCGAACCCGGAGGUAUCGUCGCCGUCUAUUUUGACAAAUGCCCGGAAGCCUACUUCUCCAUCCUGGGCAUCCUCAAGGCUGGCUGCGCUUUUGUCGCCCUGGAUCCCACAGCGCCGCGGGCCCGAAACGAGUUCAUCCUCCGAGACUCGGGCGCCUCGGCGCUGAUCACGUCGAGCGCGUUGCGGGACCAGGCCGACUUUGCCGAUACCCUACCGACUCUCGUCGUCGACCAACAGUUGUCCUUGUCUUCGGCAGCAGCUGCCGGGCCUCCACCGCUCCGCCGCGAGCUCCGGCCCAACGACGUCUGCUACUGUCUCUACACGUCCGGCACGACCGGGACGCCAAAGGGAUGCGAGAUCACUCACGACAAUGCGGUCCAAUGCAUGCUCGCCUUCCAACACAUCUUUCGAGGUCACUGGCAAGCCAAUUCGAGGUGGCUCCAGUUCGCGUCUCUGCACUUCGACGUGUCCGUAUUGGAGCAGUACUGGAGCUGGUCCGUCGGUAUCACCCUGGUGGCGGCGCCGCGGGAUCUCAUCCUCGAAGACCUGGCCGGCACCAUCUCCCGCCUCGAAAUCACCCACAUUGACCUGACGCCCAGCCUCGCCCGCUUGCUCCGCCCGGACGACGUGCCGAGCCUCUGCCGGGGCGUCUUCAUCACCGGCGGCGAGGCGCUCAAGCAGGAGAUUCUUGACGCCUGGGGCUCCGAACGGGUCAUCUACAACUUCUACGGCCCGACCGAGGCCACCAUCGGCGUCACGGCCUUCCCGCGCGUGCCCGCCAACGGCCGACCGUCCAACAUCGGCCGGCAGUUCAUCAACGUCGGCUCCUACGUCCUGAAGCCGGGGACGCAGCAUCCCGUCUUGCGCGGCGGCGUGGGCGAGCUCUGCGUGUCCGGCCGGCUGGUCGGCAAGGGAUACCUCGGGCGUGAGGACCUCACGGCUGAGAGGUUCCCCAUCCUCGGCCACUUUGGGGAGCGCGUCUACCGGACCGGCGAUCUCGUCCGCCUCCUCCACGACGGAUGCUUCGACUUCCUUGGCCGCGCCGACGACCAGGUCAAGCUCCGCGGCCAGCGCCUCGAGAUCGGAGAGAUCAACCACGCGAUCCGGAAAGGCGUCGAAGAGGUCAGAGACGUGGCCACGCUGGUCGUGCGCAGCGAAGCACAGCAGCACAAGGACGUGCUCGUCUCCUUCAUCGCCACGGACAGCGGCAGGACGGCACGGAAGGAUGGACGCGCCGUCCUCGAGGUCUCGGUCCGCCCAGAGGCAGUCGAGCUCUGCCACCGUGCUCGAGACGCCUGCCGCUCCAAGCUCCCGGCCUACAUGGUCCCGACGUACAUCCUCCAGGUCCCCUUCAUCCCCCUCUCCGCAAACAACAAGGCGGAGCUGAGGCAACUCAGGCAACUCUUUGCGUCCUUGAAGCCCGAAACACUGGUACAGUCUUUGUCUUCCUCUCGAGGAGUGUCGAACCGCACACUCGGGGCGGCCGGGGAGAGGGUGGCAAGAGUCAUCGCGGCGAUGCAGAAGGUUGAUGCCAGCGUCAUCACCCCCGGGUCCAGCAUCUUCGAACUCGGCAUCGACUCUAUCACCGUCCUCCGGCUCUCCCGAGCCUUGAAGAGCGAGGGACUUGCACAAGCCAGCCCGGCACUGAUCCUGAAACACCCGCUGCUCGCAGACCUCGUCGCCGCGCUUGAGGCCCAACAUCAACAUCCCAACCCCGUCGACGUAUCCCAGUCGGUUGCCAACGCACGGCAGCUCGUCCAGGCGUGUGCCCACAAGCACCGCGCGUCCGUCUGUCGCGAGCUCGGCGUCACUCCCGACCAAGUCGAGUACAUCGCCCCGUGCUCGCCUUUGCAGCAGGGAAUGAUCUCCCGCACAGCCAUGGACGCUGCGUAUUAUUUCAACUCGUUCGAGUUCGUUCUAUCGCCGAAGGUGUCCACCACGCACCUCCGCGAUGCUCUGCAGAGAACCAUCGACGCCCUUCCCAUCCUCCGGACCAAGUUUGUAGGCACGGCCGACGGGGUGGUCCAGGUCGCUGUCGACCGGUAUCCCCUUCCCUGGGCUGAUGUCCUGCUCGAAGCUGGAGCACCACUGACGAACGCGGUUCGGGAAUCAAGAGGUGCAUGGAUCGAGCGGAACCAAAAGGGCCUGUAUCAGCCCCUGGAAGCUGCCCUCAUUACCAGCGCAGGAGGGGCUCGUUUGCUCGUCUUGCACAUAUUUCACGCCCUGUACGACGCCAACAGCAUCAACUUCGUUCUCGACCGCGCGAUAGCAGAGUACCGGACACUGAACGGCGAGCUCGCGGCGAGCACCAACGGUGCUGCUGCUCCGGCCCCGUCCUUCCUUGAGGCUCUGUGCCACGGACCGCUGCGGGAUUUCGGCAACACCAAGUCGUUUUGGCUCGAGCACCUCGAAGGCGUUACCCCAAUCCCUCCGAGCGAUAGCACUCCCCACUCGUCCGUUACCAGCCACCAGCAGCGAGUUCCGUUCGGGCCCCUUGAGUCACUGAGGACCCGCGUCGGAGUUACCCACCAAGCGCUGGUACAGGCUGCGUGGGUUGCUGUGCUAGCCAAACACCGAUCCGCCGACCCGACGAUCGGGGUGAUAGUCUCCGGGAGAAGCAUGGAUCUGGACGGUGCCGAGAUGGUCGUCGGGCCCCUCUUCAACACGCUCCCGUUCCACGCGCGCGCCAUCAAGUCCGAAGCAGGAUCUACCUGGGCGUCCCUCGUCCGACGAUGCCACGACUACAACACGGCGGUGCUCCCCUUUCAGCACGUGCCUCUCCGCGACAUCCAGAAGUGGUGCUCUGGGGGCAGGCCCUUGUUCGACACGCUCUUCUCCUUCCAGCUGGAGGAACAAACCUUGGCUGAGCAUGGGGAGGACUUGUGGACAGCAAAGGACUCGGAGCCUAAUGCCGACUACCCGCUAGCCCUGGAAGCCACACUGGGCGCCGAUGGCCACCUGCGCUUGCUCAUUGUUGCGCGGGCGGAAAAAGAUCUGGUUCUGGCGCUGAUGGGCGACCUGGAACAAGCGUUGGAGGCGAUGGCCGAGAACCCGGAUGGGCUCGUAUUACAAUCCGGGAGCCAUGAUUCAAUCACCACCGAGGCUGCGGCGGGCGGCACGCUAGCUGCACGCGCAGGAGAUGAUGUUUUGGUGAAUGGCAACAACAACAACAACAACAACAACCAUGCCGCACCUCCUGCUGCCGAGUCGAGCUUCACUUGGAGCAAAGAAGCUCUCACGAUCCGCAAUGAGAUAGCCUCUCUCGCCGGCACAGAUCCGGAGUCGGUGACGGAAACGACACCGCUUUUUGGUCUCGGCCUUGACAGUAUUGACAUCAUCAAGCUGGCUGCAGUUCUCAGGAAACAGAAGAUGGAACUCAAAACGAGUGAGCUCAUGAAAGCCCAGACAAUCGCGGCCAUCGCGGAGAUCCUUCAGGCCAGACGUCAUCAACAUCACAUCGGCCAGAACGGAAUCAAAGACGCGUCCGACCCCGACCUCGACGAGGUGUCCCGGCUCGCUACCACCCUGCGACAGCAUAUUGUUGACAAGGGUGCCGAGCUCGCAGCAGACGACGUUGUGCUCCCGGCAACUCCGCUCCAGGAGACGAUGCUGGCGGAGAUGGUCGAGUCCGAUUUCGAGCUGUACUUCAACCACGACAUCUUGGAAAUCGCGCCCUCUGUCGACAUUGCCAAGCUCAAGAACGCGUGGACAACCGUCAUCGCCGGCUCCCCGAUCCUCCGAACUCGGUUUCUACAGGUCGAAAGCCCUUGCCUCAACGCGUCUUACUGCCAGGUCGUUAGCAGCGCCUCGAGUACCUAUUAUUACAUGACCGAUGUCAGCCUGAACUCCCCCGACGAGCUGGCCAAAGUCUGCCAGACGGCCACCCUCCGGGCUCGCAAGGGCGCCGGGAGGUCCAACCUCUUGCAACUCGCUUUUGCAUCCGUGGCGGGCCAAAAGAGAUACCUGGUUCUCUCCAUCGCCCAUGCCUUGUACGACGGAUGGUCGCUGAGCCUUCUACACCGACACGUCCACGAGGCCUACCACGGAACAUACCAGCCGCAGGACACGACAUCAUAUGUCAACCAACUACGAGACGUAUUGUUGCCCGAGCAUCGCGAAGCCCCGUCCUUCUGGUCGGGGUUCCUCCAGGGCGCCCGACCAACCAUGUUCCCCGAAGAAGAAGGGUCGCCGGACCAAGCGCACCACCCGAUCUACAGAGAUGAAGCCGCCUCUUCCGUUCCAGUCCCCGAGAUCGCAGCCUUUUGCAAAGCCAAUGCGGUCACCAUGCACACGUUGGGACAGGCCUGUUGGUCAGCCCUGCUGGCCGCAAAGACGGCGUCGAUGGACGUCACGUUCGGGGUGGUGCUCUCGUGCCGCGAUGACGAGAACCUCGAGCGCUUCCUGUUCCCGACAAUGAACACCGUGGCCGUGAGGACCGUUCUCCACGGCACGGUCGCCUCGUGGCUGCGAUACAUGCAGGAAAACAUGGGGAAUAUCGCCUCCUACCAGCACUUUCCCCUGAGAGAAGCCCAGAGACUGGCCAGGAGCAACGGCCCGCUCUUCAACACCUUGUUCAUCCAGCAGCGCGGCCUCCCGGGGCACAUCAUCGACGAGCAGGGAAGCGGGCCGCUCAUGAGGUCCGUGGGCGGGACGUCGGCGGUAGAAUAUCCCGUGUGCGUGGAGAUGGAGGUGACGGCGGACUCGGGACUGAUUUGGCGAAUCGCCUGCGACGGAGCGUUCGCAUCGCGGAACGAAACGUCGCAGAUUCUGCGGGAUCUCGAUGAGCUCCUCGGCCGCAUGAUGCGCUCUCCCGAAGCAAGCGUGCUCGAGUUCUCGGGGGAGCAGGUGUCCAUAUGUGGUCAGCCCCCGGUCGUCCUCCAGGCUCGAGAAAGUAAUAUCAGUGAAGGGUCCCCCGGCGCCGUCGCCACCCAGGAGGCAGUCGACAGCGGUGAUGCUUCCUGGUCAUCGACCGAGGAGACCAUCAGGAGGGUUUUGGCAGAGGUCUCGGGUGUGCCGGCCGCGACGAUCCUCAAGAGCAACAACAUCUACCACCUCGGUCUGGACUCGAUCAGCGCCAUCAAGGCGGUAUCGCUGCUCCGGAAGAGCGGUCUCAAAAUAGGACUCCGGGACAUGCUUAAGGCAGGGUCGAUCUCCCGGAUGGCCCAGUGUGCCCGUGAAGCUGGAUCAGCACCGGUCGGUUCGGCGCGAACAAGUGAUGGCAAUGGACCCCGGACCGAGGUGGUAGCCGUCCCUCCGGGCUUUGACCUCGACGCCGCCCUGGCCGGCAUUGGGAUGAGCACCCCCAUGGUGGAGUACGUCCUGCCUGCGACUCCCAUGCAGGUACACAUGCUCUCGGCCUGGCAAAACACGCGCGGAGCGGUCUUCUAUCCGUGCUUCCGAUACGCGAUAUCCGGACACGCCGACGCACACACCAUAGCCAGGGCCUGGAAAGUCUUGACUGCCGAGACGCCCGCUCUCAGGACUAUCUUCCUCUCGACCGAGUCUCGGGCAACUCCCGUUCUCCAAGUCAUCCUGCAUCCCUCCUCGACCGCCGACCAGGACGAUGGCCCUUCUCCCGCCGACGGCAACAACAGUUGGAGCAGCCGGGCAGCGGAGCACCCUCGACAGCCGUACAAUUCCCUGCACGCGGAGAAGCAAGGAGAAAAGUGGCUGCUGCGGCUGAGGAUCCACCACGCUCUCUACGACGCCGUCAGCCUGUCGGCGAUCAUGGACAGAUUCGCCGCCUUGUGCGCCGCACAGGACGUAGAGAAUGAGCCGGACGAGACGACGAGGCGGCAGUUUUGGACCGCGUACCUCGCCAACGCCCCGUCUCGGCCGCUGCUGGCGCCGCAGGAGGAAGUGCCGGAGGAGCCCCCGUCUAGAGUCGGCCUCGUCAAGAAAGUCGCCCCGGCCGCGGGGAUCGCGCAGCUGGUCGGCCAUUGCAAAGCACGCGGCGUGAGCUUCCAGGCUCUCUUCUUCGCCGCCUACGCCGAGUUCCUCGCCUCUGCCGCCGCGGCCGAGAGCGGAUCGCCGCGGCCCGAGACCGUCGUCUUCGGCAUCUACCUCGCCAACCGCGCCGGCGGCCACGACGGACCAGGCGCGAGCGUCUACCCGUUCCUGCGGUUGGUGCCGCUCCGAGUCGCGCCGAGACCGGGGCCCGGCCUGCUCGAGGUCGCCGCCGAGGUCCAGGCCGACAUCCACGCCAUCUCGUCGCCCGUCAACGUGGAAGUGGCGCUCUGGGAGAUCAAGGACUGGACGGGAGUGACGAUCGACUCGUUUGUCAACUUCCUUGCGGCAUCCCCACUGCCCGGUUCUUCGGGUGACACGGAAGGGGAGGAGAAGAACGAGAACGAGAAGGAGGAGGAGGAGAGGAAGGGCAAGGAGGUCCGGUGGGAGUUGGUGGGCGAGCCAGCAGCGGACGAUGCUGUUGUCGUUGAGAACCUGAAGGGAGACUGGUUUGACGGAGAUAUCGCCGGAGAACUUUCCAGCAAUCCCGUGCGGGAUGCAUUUCCGGACGCCAUUGACGUGGAAGUUUCGCUGCAAGAUAACCAAAUGACAAUUGGUGUUUUCGGGCCGGGUCAAAGGCUGAGAGGAGCUGAUGGAGCUGCUAAAAUCCUCGAGGGUAUUGUGGACGUGCUGACGGGCGUGCUCUGA